GGAUCAGGUGACCUUCUCUCCCCAGACCGCUGUAGCCUGGCUCUCUGGGUAGACCUGCCACCAGAGCUAUAGUGGCCAGUGACUUCUCCACACUGGGACCUUGGGAAAGGCCCUUGCAGUCAGAAGGCACUGAGAGAGAAGACUGCUUUCUGCUGGACCUUCUGGUGCUCACGCUCCACGACCCCACCGACCCCACCGGAGGAGGCCCUGGGGCCCCACCAAGAGCCUACGGCUGGGAAGACAACUAUGCUAUGACAACAGUAAAGGCUGAGGAGAAAGCUGAGGCCCACUGACAGCCCUGCCUGUUGUGCUGCAGCUGCUGCUUGUACACCAGGCCAUGGUUGUGCAGAACAGUGCAGAUGCCGGGGGCGCCAAUGUGGGGGUGCAACUGGAGCCCUUCCUGCACCAGGUUGGGGGUCACCUGUGUGUGAUGAAGUAUGACGAGGACACUGUGUGCAAGCCCCUCGUCUCCCAGGAGCAGAAGUUCUACGAAUCCCUGCCGCUAGCCAUGAAGCAGUUCACCCCACAGUACAAAGGCACCAUCACGGUGCACCUCCGGAAAGAUAGCCUUGGCCAUCUCAGCCUGGUUGCCACCCCACGGAAGGAGAACCAGGAGCCCUUCAAAGUCUCCACAGCGUCGGCGGCGGUGGCGAUAUGGCAGACCCUCCAGCAGACCACCACCAGCAGUGGGGGCACCCGGCCCCUCUCCCCGUGGCAGCACGCUCAGCUGGCACACACACUCGAGGAGAGCUCAGCCACAGCUCUCCUGAGCUCCGAGUUCCACCUCAGCACCCCCGUGUCCUCCCUGGUGGAAGACGCCAAUGGGAACCAGGCCGAGAGCAGGAGCUUUAACCCGUGGGGCCUGCACUGCCACCUGGCCCACCUGACCCGCCUGUGCACCGAGUACCCGGAGAACAAGCGGCACCGGUUCUUGUUGCUGGAAAAUGUCGUGUCACAAUACAAGCAUCCCUGCAUCCUGGACCUGAAGAUGGGGACCAGGCAGCACGGGGAUGACGCGUCUGAGGAGAAGAAGGCGCGGCACAUGAUGAAGUGUGCGCAAAGCACCUCAGCCUGCCUGGGCGUGCGUAUCUGCGGCAUGCAGGUUUUUCAAACUGAUAAGAAGCACUUUCUCUGCAAAGACAAGUACUAUGGAAGGAAACUCUCGGCCGAGGGGUUCAGACAAGCCCUCUAUCAGUUCCUGCACAACGGAACCCGCCUUCGGACAGAGCUGCUAGAGCCCAUCCAGCGCCAGCUCCGGGCCCUCCUCUCAGUCAUUAGGAGCCAGAGUUCGUACCGGUUCUACUCCAGCUCUCUCCUCAUCAUCUACGAUGGGCAGGAGCUGCUGGAAGAAAGCCUAGGCAGCCCACACCCUCGGGAGGCUCCACAGAUGGCCCACAGCAACUCUCCAGGAGAUCUCGCCAAAGUGGACAUCCGGAUGAUCGACUUUGCUCAUACGACAUACAGGGGCUCCUGGAAUGAGCACACCACUUACGACGGACCAGAUCCGGGCUAUAUUUUUGGCCUGGAAAACCUCAUCCAGAUCAUUCAGGAUAUUCAGGAGGGAGAAUGAGACGUGUUGGGCCCAUCCAGAUUCUUCUGGAAUCUAGAUCUUAAAAGGGACCUACCGGAAGCAAGGGUAAUCUAGACACCCCUUAGAUGUCUUUGUAAUAAUCCCAUCUUCAUAUGAAAGCCACCACUGUACAUGGCAAGCUACGUUAACAGCUGCUAAAGAAACCAGCGGUGGAGAUAAUUCACACACCUGGCGUCUUGUGCUAAGGCCGGUCCUCACAGCCUGGACAGUCUGUAUGAAAUGCACCACCGCGGGGUUCACUGGGGGCGGCAACAUGAGCUACAGACCAGCAGUGCAGUGAGAAUCUGGAGCGUUUGCAUCUAAAAAUGCUUUCUUGUUGUCAUGCUACAGUCCUUGCAAGUUGUGAGGCAAAGGAACCUUACUUGAAGGAGUCUUGAAGAGUGAGUUCACAGUUCACGGGGCUCGCGUGCAGGGGCUGCCUGCUCCAAGGGCACACGGAGCUGAUGCAUGCCUCUUACCUUCCUAGGAGGCACUGUAAGAGGGACAGGAUGCAGUGGGACACAUCUGCCCAUCUCACCGGCCUGGACCCAGGUUCUGAAGGGACACGGGCAAGCCCAGACACCGCACUGACAAACCAACACCCCAGGUUCUCCGUUCCACCUGUGGAGAGAAGGGUUUCUUUACAGACUUCCAAGUACCUAGUGGAAGCAAUGAUUCUGCCAGAAUUUGACCACGAAAUGGCUCUGAUUCUGACCGUGAAACGCAGCUUCCAGUGGUGGUGACAUGUGCAUGAGGCGCCACUGAGGUUAAACUACACUCUCAGCUUUCUAUUUAUUUAUUGGAGUCGGGGGGGGCGGGUUCAGAAGUAAAAAGCCUGGAGGACCAAGGAAACCAGGCGCAAUGUUUACAAGACCGGUGGACAAGGGUAAAUACGGAACAAAGAGCAAAGAGCUCUAAUUAAUUCCUUCUUCUGUAGUGUGGAAACCUAUUACAAUGCCCUUGAGUCAAGCACUGAGAUUCGUUACCCAAUUAGGGAAAUUUGUUAAUAAAAUUGCUGAGGUCACCAGUGA